GAUUUUAAAGCUCAGUGAACUUGGAACACAAACAUGAUGAGGAGACCCUGUCAUAGGAAUGGCCAGUAAUAAAGUAGGUCACUUUGUUGGGAGCCUCACUUGUUAUCUGCUGCACAGGCAGCAGGACUGCAGCUCCCUUUUAAGCAUAUGUAAUGCAAAAAGCUGCUACCUGCCAUCAUUCAAGGUGCAUCUCCUAAAGCUAAUCAGCAGAAGAGACAAGGUUAGCAUUGGCUUCCAACCAAUCUUUGUAACAGAGACCAUUGAGAGCUCUUGUGAAAACUUCUUUCUAGCUAAACAUGUUUUAAGAACUUACAUAAUGGGGUGUAUAUUUGAAAAUAACUUUGGCUGAUGCCUUCGGACCCCUCCUGCCUUUGAGAAGAGAUAUUUUUCAAACUCGAGUCAGCCCACUAUAAAAGCACAAGAGAGAAUAAGUUGUGAAGAAGGUUCCAGGAACCUGUCAUGACCAGAAGAAUCUGGAUGAUCUUUUCCCAGCUGAUGAAGUCUUCUCCCGCCCACUUUGCUUCCCAGCAAUGCUUUGGUGUCAAUAUCACCAUUCAGGCUUGCACUGAAAGUUAAAGCUGUAGUUAAGUAUUGACUCCAUUUGCUGCAAGUUGGAGGAGCCCAUGACAGCGUCCGGAGUUCAGCGCAGUUCAUGCUUUUGAUCAAUCAGCACUGAGCACGAGCCUACAUUAAAUGCGUCCCAACUUGGUCAGCAAAGCCUGCUGUUGGUUGGCCGCUGCAUUAUUACGCCAUUCGAAGGGGGACCAUUGACCGUAAGGUUCAUACUUCUUUUCCCCUCAAGACUGGGUCUCUCUUCUCCGUGUAUUCUUCCAUGUUUUCUCAGUCCAUAAGAUUCCAGUUUGAGAUCUUUUAGCUUCAUAGUUUAGUUGGAAGGAUAAUAUAUUGGUUUAAUCUCUUCGAUUAUAUUAAGUUCAGAUAGUUCUACUAAGCUAUAACUAUAUCCAUCAACUGAGACAUACUGCUUCAUCUGCCUUCCUCAAUUUUUCUUGGUUUGGAAGGUCAUUCACCCCUGCAUUACCCAAACCUUACUCCCAAGUUAUCCUUUACAAAUAGCAUCACCUCUUUCUCCUUGUCCUGCAAGUCCAUCAAUCUCUCUUUCAUACCAAGAUAGUUCAGCAGCAACCAACGAAAGCCAUGGCCACGUCUUCCCUCGUCACCAUCUUCUCAUUCCUCUUCCUCGUUUCUUCCAACCUUGCUGCGGAUCCUGACAUGCUGCAGGAUAUCUGCGUGGCGGAUCUCAACGCUGGCGUGAGGGUGAAUGGCUUUGCGUGCAAGCCGGCAGCGAACGUGACGGAGGCGGACUUCUUCUUCCAGGGGCUGGCGAAGCCGGGCGCGGCCAUCAACACCACCAUGGGCUCCCUGGUCACCGCCGCCAACGUGGAGAAGAUCGCCGGGCUCAACACCCUGGGCGUGUCCAUGUCCCGCGUCGACUACGCCCCCGGCGGGCUGAACCCGCCACACACCCACCCCCGCGCCACCGAGGUCGUCUUCGUGCUCGAGGGCACCCUCGACGUGGGCUUCAUCACCACCGCCAACAAGCUGAUCGCCAAGACCAUCACCAAGGGCGACGUCUUCGUUUUCCCUCGCGGACUCGUCCACUUCCAGAAGAACAACGCCGACGUCCCCGCCGCCGCCCUCGCCGCCUUCAACAGCCAGCUCCCAGGCACACAGUCCCUGGCCGCUACCCUCUUCGCCGCCACCCCUUCGGUGCCCGAUCACGUCCUCACCAAGGCCUUCCAGAUCGGGACCAAGGAAGUCGAGAAGAUCAAGAGCCGCCUCCAGCCCAAGAAGUGAGAGUUCUCAUUUCUUGGACUCGGCCACUAUGAUUCAUGGUUUGUAUGAAGUUGCUACUUCUAAUUCUUAUUGAGAUAUGAGAGAGUGUAAUAAAGACUGCAACUAUAGCUCCCAAUCAAAGCCUAAUAAUUCAAUGCCCUUUCCUA